AUGUGGAGUGAAAACUAUUACGAUCUGUGUGCUAAUGAGGAAUUCGGUUUCAGGCUUAGUCCAGACACUAUGCAGCAAGGAUCAGGAUCGACAACGCCUUCUGUGGCACCGGCUCCAGUACCGACUGCUGCCCCACCACCGGCUACAAUCGAGAAUAUGGACGACCCGCCGCCACGGAACGAACCGCCGGUCGAACCGGUGAACGGCAUUGUCCAGCCGGCGGUUGCACCGCCACCGGAUCGACCCGGACGGUUGACGAAUCAGAUUCAUUUCCUUCUGCGCACCGUCAUGAAGGCCGUGUGGAAGCAUCAGUUUAGCUGGCCCUUCCAGCAGCCGGUUGAUGCGAAGAAACUGAACCUGCCCGACUAUCACAAGAUCAUCAAGCAGCCCAUGGACCUGGGGACGAUCAAGAAACGGCUCGAAAACAACUACUACUGGGCGAGCAAAGAGUGUAUAAAGGAUUUUAACACCAUGUUUACGAACUGUUAUGUGUACAACAAACCGGGCGAGGAUGUAGUCGUGAUGGCCCAGACUCUGGAGAAACUCUUUCUCGCCAAGGUUUCGCUGAUGCCGAAAGAUGAGACCGAAAUGGAAGUGCCCCAACCGAAGGGUGGCAAGAAGAAGCCCCGUUCGCUUGCGCCACCGGGAACGUUGGUCGGCAAUACCUCGGUUACCGGGGCCGCAGCCGCUGCCGGUGUAGCACCGAAUGCGGCUAUCGUGGCGGGAGCAAAUGCUGUGGCCGCAGCGGCCGCAGCAGCAGCCGCGGCCCGUGCCCGCCCCGGCUCAUCGCUCGGUGUCACCUCGGUAUCGUCGAGUGUUCCGCCGUCUAGCGCCGGUGGUGUGCCAGUGCCGGCGGGUUUGGUAGGGCCAGCUCCCACAAUGCUACCAAGCGUUCCUCCGAUCGGCACCAUGCCACCGCAAACGGUUCCGGGCAGCACAAACACAACGACCACGGCCACACCCAACUCUGCGGUGGCGGCCCUAGCUGCAGCGGCGGCCGCUGCCGCUGCAGCCAGCGCACCGCACAAUCCAAUCAGCAAUCCAAUCGGUGGCCCGCCGGUGGUAAGCAAACCGUCUGUUCCGGCCAACUCGCCGUACCUAGUGAACAGUUCGCAAGCCGGAAUGGAAACAGUCAUACCUCCCCAGCAGCCUGCAAAAGUAAAAAAAGGUGUUAAGAGAAAGGCCGAUACCACCACGCCAACGGCCACCGUGUUCGACCCGCACUACGGCACGCCGAUGGAUUCGAGCGCCGCCAAAAUAGCCACCAGACGAGAGUCUGGACGACAGGAUAUUGUGCCCUAUCAAACCUCCACAUAUCCCAUGUCACCGAUGACGCACCAGGGAACGACUUCGUCACAGUACCCGCCGAAGAGCAAGGAGAAACUGUCCGACGCAUUAAAGUCCUGUAACGAAAUUCUUAAAGAGCUCUUUUCCAAGAAGCAUUCGGGGUAUGCUUGGCCAUUCUACAAACCGGUCGAUGCGGAGUUGCUUGGUCUGCACGAUUACCACGAUAUUAUAAAGAAGCCGAUGGAUCUGGGCACGGUCAAGCGCAAAAUGGACAACCGGGAGUACAAGUCGGCCCCGGAGUUCGCGGCAGACGUUAGAUUAAUAUUUACCAAUUGCUACAAGUACAACCCGCCAGAUCAUGAUGUCGUCGCGAUGGGCCGCAAGCUGCAGGACGUUUUCGAGAUGCGACUGGCCAACAUACCGGAUGAGCCGGUAAACAAUGUGGCCCCGCACCAUACGGGCAAGGAAAGUGAACCGUCCUCGUCGAGCGACUCGAACGAUACGGAGGAGGAGAGCGAAACGGACGAGGAGUGUACGCAGAAGCUCAAACUGCUCGAAAAGCAGCUCUUCGAGAUGCAAGAACGAAUGCGAAAGCUGACCGAGGAGGCCAUCAUCAAAAAGAAGCAAAAGAAAAAGCUGAAAGAUAAGAAGAAACCAUCACUCGGCGGUCCCGGUGGUGGCAACAGUGCUAGUGAUAUUAAACCGGUAAUGGACCCGCACGCCGGGCUCGUUUUGCCGCACGGCCCAGGCAAGGGCAUGCAUCAAAUGGCGGGAGCUAUGGGCCAACCGGCGAUGGGUGGUCCGGGUGUGGCUCCGGUUAUGGCCGCCCCCGGUAACAAAGCGAAGGGAGCCAAGGGUCAGCGCGCACCGAAAGCUGGUGGAGCUGCCGGUGGUGCGCCGAAUGCACCUGCGAAACGGGCGAAAAAUGCAACGGCCGCCGGAGGAGGCGUUCCGCGUGCGCCUAACAAGAAGAAGGCAUCGCAAAACACCACCAACUUCGAUUCGGAGGAAGAGGACACAGCCAAACCAAUGUCGUACGACGAGAAAAGACAACUUUCGCUGGACAUCAAUAAGCUGCCGGGCGAUAAAUUGGGUCGUGUUGUACAUAUAAUACAGAGCCGAGAGCCAUCGUUACGCGACUCCAAUCCGGACGAGAUAGAGAUUGAUUUCGAAACUCUGAAGCCAUCAACUUUGCGCGAGCUUGAGAGCUACGUCGCAUCCUGUCUACGCAAGAAAACUCGUAAGCCUUACUACAAAAAAGUUUCUGGAAAAUCCAAGGAGGAACAAAUGACGGAGAAGAAGCAAGAGCUGGAAAAACGCUUGCAAGACGUGACGGGUCAACUUGGGACGACCAAGAAGAACGCGAAAAAGGACGAAGCGAACAAGCAGGAUGUGGCUCCAUCUGGGGGAAACAUGUCCUCCAGCAGUAGUUCCAGUGAUUCCUCCUCAUCAAGUUCAAGCGAUUCCAGUUCUAGUGAUUCCAGCGACAGUGAAGCAGAACCGGGACGGCCGCCGCGGAAAAAGAAAAAAGACACUUCAUCGCCGGCAGUUUCAGCCAUCGCCGGAACGAGCUUAACCAUUUCGUCCGCUCCGGCCACUGCAUCAACACUUUCGGCGACGACUGCGGUACCGCAGAUGCUACCGACUGCUGCUGGCAGUACCACAAACUCCACAAACUCCAACACUAUCACAACCACCACCAACAACAACAACACCACCACCAUCACACCUCUUUCGAACGCCAGCGCGACUACCGCUCCACCGCAGCAGCAGCAGCAGCAGCAGCAGCAAGUGCACAGUAGGCUGCAGCAACAACAACCGCCACUCACUAUGAGUCAACAGUUAGCGCAAUCUAUCAUACCACCACAAUCCUCAUCCACGUUGGCAUCAUCGGUCCCGUCAUUAUCAAGCACCACCACCACCGGCUCGACAUUAACAACGAACGUUAUGAGUGGCAACGUUGGCAGCAGUAGCACUAGCAGCAGUACGAGUAACAGCAACCUGCUCAGCAGCAAUGCCACUAACAACAGCAACAACAACAACAACAACGCAUUAUCCAAUAGCGUGGCUAACAACGGCAGCAACAACAACGCCAUCGUUUCAUCCAGUUUUGCCGGGGUAGGCAUCAACAGUAGCAGCAGUAGCAUGCUUGGCACGCAGCAAACGGCCACGAUGACGGCGACGGCGGUCACAGCGCCAUCGCUUUUGCAACAAAUGCCGCUUCUUCUGCCGCCGCAGCAACAGCAACAGUUGCAGCAGCAUCAGCAGCAAAUGUCGGCACCAAACUCUUCUCACACCCAAGCGAACCCCCUAAUACCGCCAAUGUUGUCCGUCGGUAGUGGCAGCACUGUAAAUAGUAGUAACCUUAGCAGUGGCAGUGGCAAUCCCAACUCGACCGGUAGUAGUAACAGCAACCAAAUCUCGCUACCCAUACCAUCACCAAAUACCACCACCACCACCACUACCAGCACGAUGCUACCUGUGAAUGCUUUGACCAGUAAUAGUAAUAGUCACAACAGUACUUCUAACCUCAAUAAUAUUGUUACACAGCACCAGCAGGCUGCGGUGUCACUGCAAUCGAGCGGAAUCAACAUCAACGGUAGCGUCACGUCUGUUUCAGUGCUACCUCCGUCCAGCGGCAACAACAGCACCGAUAAUGGCCUGAGCGCAAGCAACGGGCUGAUAAACAGUAUGCUAGGGCUGCCGCCUACCUCGCAGAUUGCGACAAGUUUGGCCGCGAUGAGCAACUUGGCGAGUAUGGCUGGCGGGCUGCAGCAGUCACUGCAAAUGUCCCAGAGCCAAAUCGGGAGUAAGCAACAACACCACCACCACCACCACCACCAGCAGCAGCAACAGCAGCAGCAGCAACUACAGCUUGCGCAGCAACAGCAGCAGCAGUUCCGUGGUGGUGGUGGUCCGGCUGGUAAUGGACAUGGUGGUCAUGGUGGUCAUGGUGGUGGUAUCGGUGCUGCCGCCGGCUUCGUGGAUCCACUCGAGCAUACACUGAACUCGUUCGAACAAUCGAUCAAGUCGGAGUCACUUGGAUUGAACCUGCUAAAUGAUAUGACAGCGGGCCUGAAGCAAGAUCUAGCGGCCCACCAGACCCUGUUACCGCAGCUGGAACUGUGUAUGGCGCUGCAGAACCAAAUGCAACAGCACCAUCACGUCAGCAAUGGGUUCGUGAACGAGUUCAACGGCAGCGGGACGCUGAACGGGGGCAUGGGUGCUGCAACGCUGGCGGCUGCCGCCAGCAUGGGUGGCAUGGGUAUGGGUCAGAUGGUGAUGAAUACGAUGGCCACGACCAACACGCUCAUGGGCAACGUCAACAUGUCGUCGAUGUUUGAUCCACUACAAAACUUUAUGCGCCCCGGUGGAGGCUACCCACAGCCGACCACGGUGGCUUCCGGAAUCAACCUGCCAACGACGGGUGGUGGUGGCAACGUUGGUGGUGGCAACAGCAGCCAACUGCUACACGACCAACGUUCGCUCGAUCUAACAUCUGGUGGCGCUGGCGGCCCCAUCGGUAUGAUGCCUUCGGUCGGUGGCAAUGGAGGUGGUGGUGGUGGCGGCGGUGGCGGCAACGGUGGAAUCGGUGGUGUCAUCACGGUCAAAAAGGAAGAGCCCUGUGGUGGAGGCAAUUUACCACCUGCAAAUUCCGGGGGCAAGUACAUGCUGACACCGAAACCGAUCGAAGAUCUGCUCAUCAAUCCGAACGAGAAGAAAAUGGGCUCGACGCCACCGCCGGCGGAUGUGAAGGGGAACUUUGCGCACGCAUUUAAGGGACACGACCAGAACCUUAAGAACGCCUGGUCCUCGCUGGCAUCGGCCGGCUCGCCCCAGAACACGCCGACAUCGAACAAACCGAAACCGGCCAUGGACUCGUUCCAGGCGUUCCGGAACAAGGCGAAGGAAAAGCUCGAUCGGUUGCAGCAGCAGGAGCUGAAGCGCUCGCAAAAGGAGCAGGCCGAAAAGGAGCUGAAACGCCAGCAGGAGCAGCUGAAGAUAAAGCAGGAAGAGUUCAACAAUGGACGCAACAAAGUUCCCGUCGAACCGGUACCGCCCCGAGUGGUGGAGGACGUCAAAGCUUCACCGCAAGGUAGUCCUUCGCCGGUAACUCCCACCACCCCGCACGCUGUGGAUCGAUCGGCUGCGAAGCGAGCGGAGCUGCGACGGCUGGAACAGGAACGUCGAAGAAGAGAAGCGAUGGCUGGCCAGAUCGAUAUGAAUAUGCAGAGCGAUUUGAUGGCCGCUUUUGAAGAGUCAUUGUAAAAAGUAUUGAACCAACGAAGAGUUCUCUCGUACACUUGUGAGUAACUGAUUCCAACCUGUGCGAUCUUGGGGUGCGAUUACAAUGAAGCAGAGAUGUGAUUCACCGCGGGGCGCCACGCACGUUACGUUGUUGAAUAUUGCCAGCCUCUGGUCGCUGGUGAUCGCGCUUCAUCCGUCGUGACUAUCGGAUACUGUCAUACUGAUCGCAUGUGGCGCGCGGCCACGGUUUUACUGUAGCGGGCAGAUGGAUGCACCGCUAAAACAACUGAUUGACCAAAGCAAUCAAUCACAAGCGUCGUUACCAGAAAUAGGGUGUGCGCACGCGUUAAACCACCGAUCGUAGUGGUAAUCACUACACAAAUUAUGAGCACACACCAACUACCUACUCUAUAAACGGGAGCGGCGUUACCGUUGAUUCCUGCGGCAAUAGUGAAUGAAAAAGAAGCAGCAAAAAUCGGCCGACGAAGCGGAGAGAGUCUAGAAAUCAUCGAUCUUGUAAAAAAACUUAAAUUUAGUUUAAUGAAAAAUCGCAACAACAAAACAAAAUAACUAGCAAUGAAAUGCAAUUCAACCAACGACUCGUUGCUAUCGCCAGAGGGAACGUGACCGUGACAGAGAGAGAGAGAGAGAGAGAGAGGGUGGCACCACAAAGAAUCGAAUUUGACUCUUGACACCUCCCGUUUUAGGUACGUAAGAAAUAGUCAAAUAGGAUUAUAAUGUAGUAUAGCCGUAGUCGGUCUCUAGUGCGGCGAGGUUGGGCAAUAACGUUUUUCAGUUAAAACAAGUGAAGACGACAUUCUGUCCGUUCGGCAAACGCUCUGGCCAACAGAUUAUGUCGGUGCCGAUAGGAUAAUGAAUUCGUAGGAGCGUGGUUUGGGCAGACUAAUCGAUCCGACCACAUUAUGGAUGGACACUUGACUACUUGUUACGAACUAUCCGCAAAAACAGGUGGACAAAACAGAGAGAGGGAGCGUAGAAGGAAACUCGGCUAGUCGCCGACGAUCAGAUGUACUCUAGUUCGUAAGCACUCUUUAUCAUUUGUGAUAUAUAAAAUUAAAAGAAAAACCCUAAAAAUGAAAGAGAAAUUAUGGAAAAAAUGGUCGGGUGGAGCGUGUAUUUAUCGAUACGAGGCCGAUUGCUAGCAAAAGCGAGCAACACUCGAGUCGUGGGUUGCCGCGGGACGCGGUUGCAGGUUGUGGAAGUGUAAAUAUAUAAUUUUAACGAUCGUGUUGUCCACAUCCUCAGCUCCAUAUGCCCUGCACUCUCGCUCCUCCAUCGUGCUCCACGCGGCGGUUCUUGAAAAGAGAAUAGUAACUGUACAUAAAAGAUUGAUUGUUAGUGUCACACACUAUGGCGUGCUUUCGUGCAUCUAUCUUGAGAGAAAACCACAUUUAUGUAAAAAUAUGCUACACUUACACUACGUUUAGACUCACACACACACAUACACACACUAAUCACCAUAAAGUUCUAGUGGCUUUUUUCGUUGGAACGGUUUGAGCUAUUGAUGUGCGCAGUUCACCGGGGAACGAUGUGAGAGCAUCAUUUUGGAUCCUACCAGAGUCGACGGCAACACUAUGUAGCGUUUAAGGAAUAGCGUAAGUUCAAUGGUGUUAGACUAAUAUAUUUAAGCCAAAACGAAGACAAAACAGUUUACGGUAGCAUGUAAUGUGUACAGAUAGAUACAGUCACUCUAUACGUUCGUGUGGCGCAAUGCAAAUGCCAGGGAAAAUGGCUAGUUUCGUUAGGUGAAUGAUGAUGCAUUCUGGAAGCUCGUUGCUACAUGGUUGUUCCCUUUUCCCUAGAAGGUGUACUCGUAAUACCAAAACUUUUAUCACGCUCCAUCAUCGCAUCUCCCCUUCAUGUUCUGUGUGGUUUAAAUGUUGAAGGUACAUCAUUCGUCGUGGGUUGGUGAGAAGGGCGCAACGCUCGUGAUGGGUUCCUAAUGCCUUUCGGAUAGAAAACAGACGUAGCAUCAUCAAUACGAUGGUACCACCCCAUAUAGAACGAGAAGCGACCAGAGAGAGCAUUAUUUGAUCAAAGAAGAGAAAACAAUCGUCCAAUCGUUGUGGGAAUGGAAUGGAAAACUAACCGACGACGGUACACCGUCGUGCAAUGUGUGGCACGAUUACCUUGAAGUAACGACCAACCGCCGCCGUAUCCUAAUGCGGAGCACGGCUUGUGCAGCUAAGCAGGGAAAGGAACUGCAAAGAUACUAGUAGUUGAAUGAGAAAACAAAGAUCGAGGCAGGGAUUAAUGAUAUGUUUUUAAUAAAACGUCCGUAGUACUUUUCGCAUCGCUUUCUUUUUUCUUUCGAACGAUGUUGAUUCGUGUCAACUGUUGGUUUUGAACGAAUCGCUUUCUGCUAAUGCAUUGUUUUAUUUGGGCAUCCAGAAAAAGGGCGAUUGUCCGGCGAUUGGCAAACGAAUUUAGCCGCCUGGUGCUUGGCCUUUAUUGGACUAAUUGGCAGUAGUGAAGGCAAUACAAGAGCAAAUAGUUUACAACAUAAUCGGUUGAGAAUUGUGUUCGCAUGUUUAACCACGCGUUACUAGUACGUUAAAUUAAACAAAAAUAACGUAGGUGUGCUAAACGUGGGGUAAAUGUGCAUAGAGAACACUAACAACAGACCCUCAUUGCUACCUGCUGGUGCUCGAGUUAUGACAACGUGAAUAAUUAAGAUAAAAUCGUGGAGCAUAGAUUAAGCGUUCUGAUACGAAGGGUUUAUGUUAGGCAUGUUCAAAAUCGCUUAAACAAUCUUUCUGUUUUUUUACUUUCCAAACCUAAAAUAAUUUAAAGUGUUUUCUUACUAUUGGUUUUGUGUUUUUGUCGAUCUAAAUAUGGAAUUAAAACGGAGCUAAGAAGGUUAAAAGGAUUAGCAGGCACAUAGGUUCGUUCAGUAUAAUAACUGAGCAGAAGGCUUAGUUCGAUACCUUAGAUUUUUUAUUUUAUCUUUCCUUUCUCACAAUGGUUGAACACACUAUCCCUUCGUAUGUAUGUCCUUCGUAAUGCAUCUGGUGUCCAAAGCAAAAGUAUUAGUAGUUCUUUAAGCGAACGCAAGAGGAAUCACCGAGAGCCUCUGAUCAUGGAAUUGCGACUGGAUUUAACGCGGAACAUGCGUUUGGUAUGCAAGUCGAAUACACGAGGUAACUACUGACGUAGUGUACUAUAGGAUGUAACUCUAGUGGUUAAAACUACCGGAACGAGAUCGCGUGCGCCCUUUGUACACUAGAGCACAACGGCCAACGCUAAGGAAGCAACACGAGCACAAUGUCUGAUGGUCGGUCUAGCAAUGGCCAAAUGGGUAGUGUAAGCGAGCGUGCUUUGGUGUCGAAAAUAAGCGAAAAAUUAGGAAAAUAACAAUUUUCUACCUAACGGCGUGGUGACGAAUGGGCGUUUGUAUGUUGUAAUGGCGGGAGAAUUUCGGAACAAUCAAGAUGUAUCGGGCCAUUCUAGGGUAGAGGAGCGAAGAAAAAAGGAAACAACCAUGCGAAAACUAUGCAUAACGUGAAUAAGUGAACUGUACUCAACACUGUCCUUCGAAAUA